GUCGACUUCCUGUUUUGUAAUUGUGAAACUGAAAUCAAAAUCUGAAAUGUAAAAAGAACUUCGAAAAUAGUGCAAAGAUACUUAGCUCCAGAUGUUGAAAUAAAAGGACUGUAAGACGACAUAAAAUGGAACAAGCUAUAUCAAGAAGAAGGGAAGAUUACAAAGUACUCUGUGGUACCUGUCCAGAUGAACAGUGUCGUGCCAAACUAUUUUUCCCUGCUUAUGAUAAAAGUAUAGAAUGUACAAGUUGUGGUCAAAGACAUGAAAAGUCCACCCUUCAAAAUAUUGCAGAGGUGACAAAUCCAAGUGUCGCCUUACAUAAUAUCCUGAAAAAUAUUUUAUUAGGUAAUGUCAAACCCAAAAAAGGAGCAGAUAAUGUCAAAGUGUUAGGGUUAUCUAACUAUGUCUGUAAACUGGUAUCACCUAUAUUAACUAGGUAUGGAAUGUGUAAGAAGACUGGUAAAGCUCAGUUAUUGACUGAACUUGGGCAACCUCCUGUUUUUGAUUGUGGUAAAAUUUUAGGCGACCGUGCUUUCGUUAUUGAUGAAGAGAAUUUAUCUAUUACUGGCUAUGGUAGAGAUAAGUCUGGUAGCCUGAAAUACUUAUCUGGUACCCUAGAUGUAAUUAAAGAUGUCAACGAUGGAGAGGAGCGACUUGUAGCUAUACAUGCUGAUGGAGAUGGACACUGUUUGGUACAUGCAGUGUCACGUGCCCUGGUUGGAAGGGAACUGUUCUGGCAUGCUUUACGUGUGAACUUAAUGAAUCAUUUCAAUGAAAAUUUGGACAGAUAUAAAGACUUGUUCAAAGACUUUGUAGACAGAGAUGAAUGGAAUGACAUUAUUCAAGAAUGUCAUCCAGAAUUUUGUCCACGAGAUGGUGAACCUCUAGGUUUAAGGAACAUACAUGUGUUUGGAUUGGCUAAUGUACUGAGAAGACCAAUUAUAUUGUUAGACUCUAUAGAAGGAAUGCAGAGCAGUGGGGACUAUUCAGCUGUAUUUUUACCGGGACUUAUAAAGCCUGAGGAAUGUAAAAGUAAAGAUGGAAGUUUUAACAAGCCAAUCUGCAUUGCCUGGAGUAGUGUAGGCAGAAAUCAUUAUAUCUCUUUGGUUGGUAUAAAAGGAAAACCACCUCCUAAAAUUCCUCGCUACAUGAUCCAGAAGACGUGGGGCAUGUCAAGUACAUUGUUAGAUAAAUAUAUUGAGUUAGAUGAGUAUGGUCAUUGUAUUGUUGGUGGUGACAAAUGUUUGUCUGAUAAAUACCUGAGGCAUCUUGUGUCAGCCAUGGAAGAAGUUUACUUUGAAAAACACGGCGUACAUCAGCAACUUGUUGCAGACGUCCACCAGUUUAUGUAUAAAACUUCAGGCAUUGUUGGUGUACUACCUGAAGAAGUGUUAAAGACGACUCAGAGAGCAGUAAGAGAGAAAAAAUUAUACCGCUGUCUUACUUGUGAUGGUGUGAUGGAAUAUAUACUGCCACCAGAAUGGUUCCGCAAGGGAGGAAGUCUGUACAAUAUAGCAAUAAAAACACAGGGAGCCCUCAAACCUGAUAAAAAAUAUCAAUUCCCAAUGCAAGGAGUUGUAUGUAAUUAUGAUGCUGAAAAAGAUGUCCUGAUACCAGAUAUGGCAAACAGUCAACUUAGUAUCUGUUCCUUUUGUCAGGGUGCUCAUGUACGCCUGGUAAAAGGAGAUGGAACAGUAAAGUAUGAGAAUGGUGAUCGUACAACAACCCCGGCUCCCGGUGGUAGAUGUACAUGUGGUUUUAAACAUUACUGGGAUGGCAGAGAAUAUGACAAUCUACCAGAGAUAUUCCCUAUUAGUAUGGAGUGGAAUGGAGAGGUUGUGGCAGAAAAGGUUAUGUGGUUUCAGUAUGAAUCUAAUGAUUCACUAAACAGUAAUGUGUUUGAAGUAGCACAAAAACUAGUUCAAAAACAUUUCCCAGGUGAAUUUGGGAGUGAACGACUCGUCCAACAGGUUGUGAAUACAAUUCUACGCCGUACUGCUGGACAGAAAAAAGAUCCUGAGAAAUCUGUGGUAAAUCCAUAUAGUGAUGAAAGCUUUUCAGCAGAUACAGCAUCUAAAAUCAUUCUUACUGGACAUGCACACAAGACAUUGCAUAAAGAAGAGCUUUGUAAGAGUGAAAAAGAAAAGCAGGUUAAGAAAAGGAUAACAUCUGAGGCCCAGAAACAUCAACAAAAGAAGACUGCAGAAGUAGCAGCAACCUCAACACAGAAAUCUAGUCCUAAAAAGUCCAAGUCAUUAGACUCAGGUAUGCAAUCAAAAACAACCACAAGCACAGAUAUCACCAAGACAUCAUCAAAGCUAAGUUCACCGCGGCACACUGGUGAGAAAAAAGUAAAGAUAGCCACAUCCGAUGGCAGACAGAUGAUGUUAACUUUACCAGAAGAAGUUACUUAUGACCAGCUAAAAAAUCUUAUAGCUGAGCAAGUUAGUGUUUCUCCAGUACGACAGAGACUCAGAACAGGAUUCCCACCGAAAGAAUUAAAACAACCUGAAAAUACAGGGGAAAUCAUUCCUUUACUUCACGGUGACAAAAUAAGUGUUGAAAUAUUGCCUGACAAAUCAGUUCCCAUGGAAAUUGAUCGUAAAGCUUCUACAAAAGAUUAUACGAAAGUCAGUGAAGUACCUAGUGCUCACAGAAGUUUUGGGGCUUGGAGCAGUUUUGAGGAAGAUGCUCAUGGCAGUACUGAAGAGGCAUUGUUGAGGGCAUUGAAAGCAACUGAAGGAGCAAGUGAUAGUCUGGAUUCCUCUAUAGCUAGUCUUGCAAUCAUGUCCACUGUUACUGGCCGUGACCUUUGGACAUAUGUUCAAACUAUGCCACACCUUUUCUCGGUAGGAGGUCUGUUUUAUAAACAGAUGGAAAGAGAUUUGGGUCUUGUUGAUGGUAAACAUUGUCAGCUGCCUGCUUUACCAGGAAAGGUUUUUAGGUAUAAUGCCCAUGACGACAGAUUAGAACUCUGUUUAGAACCACAUGGUCAUUUCCAAGUGGAACCAAGAAUUGAAGAAAAGGUUAAAGAAAUGGUGGCUUCAGGAAAAUUGACAGAAGCCAGAUUUGGUAGUAGUGGAGCAGUUGGUAGACACAGUCCAAGAAUGCAAGCAUUUGCAGGUCAGGGUCAUUCUUUGAGGCCAGCUGAAAUAGAAAAAAUGCCUGGAGAUCUGCCAGAACCAGUAGGCCACCAUCAUCAUCACCAAGUCCGAAAACUUCAGAACCUUUGUGAUCCUGAUAGACAUGAGGAAUCCAUUUGUGAAGAAUCAGAAGAAAUACUUGAAGAUGCACCUUCUGAGCAGUCACAAGAGUACCAGAAACUUGGACCAGGAUAUAGUGUUAUUAGUUCAGAAAAUGUUAAUCAAUCAAAUGAGAACUUACAAUUGUUUAAAGACCUGGCCCAAAGUAUUGAAGAGACAAUGAAUGAAGAUAUAGCUGAUAUUAACAAAGAGAUGGAGAGAAUAGAUAGUGAAGAAAGAAUGAAGUCUAGUGUAUGUAGUAGUGAUAUGUUGUCUCAUGUUCCGUCAAUAUCUUCUAUGUCUGACACAGUGUUUGAAUCUGAAGCUGAGAAAGACAAUCCUAGAAUUGCAAUAUCAGAAGGUAAUAGUUGUGCCAUAAAUUCCACAAAUAGUGAUAAAAUGGAGGUCAAUAUGGAAUGUUCUGAUACUGGUUUGAAGAGGUCAGACAAAGAACUCUGUGAUGUCAUCAAAAUUGACAGUUCGUCUGCUGCUGCUUCUUUGAGUCAGCAAGUAAAAGGCAAAAAGACAGUUGACAAAAUGGAAGAAAAUUCAGGUUGUCCUGUGUCUCUUUCAGUUGACACUGAAAAACCUGAAACUAUUACCAGUGAUGGGCAAGAUGAGUCUGUAUGUUACUCUUCUGAUCAGCAAGAAAUUGAACUAAAAAUUGAUGAAAGUAAAUGCCAACCAGAUCCAAUGACACAAAAUAACAAACUAAUUCCAGAAACAAAGCUUGAGAAAGAUGGUACCAAAUCAGGUUCUUCUGCACAGACCAAAACCGAUGAAGACAAAGAAAUGGAUACAUCAUAGCAGAUCGGUUUUGUAUGAUAUGUACAUGAUGUUAAUGUAUUAUAUGUAAAUGAUGUUAAUGUAUUAUAUGUAAAUGCUGUUAAUGUAUUUUAAUUUAUUGUAGAUUUUGUAUCUGUUUCAAGUCUCAGAAUUCUUGCAUAUAAUUAUGUCAGAAAUUAUUAUUGUGUCAGAUUUCAGAAAACUUGUCUUUUAUUAUUUACUUUCUAUGAGGAAGUGUCCUAAAAUCCAUGUGAAGAUUUUUUUCCAUAAAUGACUUCAUUGUUGAAGUCUGGUGACACUUUUAUAACAAUUUUACAGGUUUAUUUUUGGAAAUAGAUAGUAUUCAAUGCUUUAUAAAUGUGCUGGUGCUCAAUUGAGAUGCCAUGAAGCUGAAGCCAUAUAUUUCUGAAAUAAUAAUUUGAUUUAAUUAACAUCACAUUGAUGUGUAUCGUACAAGAGAGUUAAAAUUGUUUUUGUUUUCAAAUAUUGGAUGUAGAAAUGAUAAUGAUUUAUCAACUACUUAUUGUGUGACUUCAUUUUUUGUGAUUUUUCAAAGCAUCAAAUAGAUUACAAAAUUAAGCACAUGUAAGAGAAAUAUUUUUUAAGAAGAAGCCAGAAGUUAUGACAAAUAUAUUUUUAAAUCUAGCUUGCAGCAAUUGACAAAACUAUUGAUUUGUCUACAGAUAUCAAUUUAGAAUAAUUAUCCAUUUAAGGCAUUUUAAUAUUUAUACCAAUAUAUCUAACUCUAGUGGCGGGUUGCCCUAUAGUGAUCAAUCUGUCUGUCCGUCCUUCUGUAACAAACUGUGUCCGCUCUUUAUCUAGAGAACCAAUAUGAUUUCAGAGUUUAUACUUGACAUGUAUAUUAACCAACACCAGAGGGUGUGUCAUAAUGUAUGUACAACUUCCUAGGUCAAAGGUCAAGGUCAAAAACUUUGGUUUCAGUUGACAACCCCAUGUCCUAUGAUACAGAUUGUGUCCACUCUGUAUAUCGAGAACCGUCAUGAUUUCAAAGUUUAUACUUGACAUGUAUAUUAACCAACACCAGAGGGUGUGUCAUAAUGUAUGUACAACUUCCUAGGUCAAAUGUGAAGGUCAAAAACUUUGGUUUUAGUUGACAACCCCUUGUCCUAUGGUACAGUUCAUGUCUGCUCUAUAUCUUGAGAACCGUUAUGAUUUCAAAGUUUAUACUUGACAGGUAUAUUGACCAACACUAGAGGGUAUAACUUAAAAAAGUGUUUCAUAUCAGCUUAUCCAUGCAAAUUUUUUACCACAUGUUAUUUACAGCUGGGCCCAUAGAGAUGGCUCCCAUCUCAAUGAUGUCUAGUUAAAACUACCACUUUCAUUUUUUUUUUAAUAUUUAAGCAUCAUCGAACAUAAAAUAGAAUAAUGUUUGGUUUGCAAUGAUUUAAUGGUCACCAUCUAUCUUCCCAAGAUCACCUCACUCUAGUCAAAUAUGUGGGAAUGGGUUUUUCACUAUUUAUAUUUAUUUUUUAUUGAAGAAUAUAAUUUUAUUGUUCUAUAUCAUAUAUAAAAUAAUAACAGUUUGCAUAUCAAACAAAAGGUGACAUGUUUUCUUCACAUAUUGAUUACAGACAUUCAACUGUUUUAGAUAUAUAUAUAUAUCUUGUUCCUUUUUCUAUAAAAUAGACAUCCAAAAAGACUUUAUUGAGUUUUUAGCAAAACACGUCUUUUCUGAAAUUGCACCAAGUUUUGUAAUAGCAGUUCUUACGGCUGUCAGAAAUCUUUUUAAUUGAAAUUAUCACAUUUAUAAACAUAAGUUGUAGUUGACAUGUCAUUUUACUCUGUAUAGUCAUUAUUUGAUAUCCAUGUAGGUAAAAGGUUGAAUUAUUGUACCGUUUCGUUUUGCUGACUAACUAGAUAACAAUUUUAUCUUACUUGAAUACCACCCAACUAAAUAUAAAUAGAAAGGUAUGCAAAAUUAUUUUUUUAUUGUUUUUCUUUUUACAAAUGAAUAAAAUGAGAUAAAGGGUAUACAUCAAUAAGACAGCCAUCCAACAAUAAAAAUAGCCAAGAAUGCACCAUACAGUGACUAUUUGAAACCAUUUAGUUGAUUCCUAUUAUCGUGCUAUAGAGUAUUCAAUUAAGAAUGAUUUUUUAAAUGUCAAACCUCCACUGGCAUAUUCUUGCAUAUUCACAGUCCAUUAAAGAUUACAACAAAUACUGAACAGAAAAAGUGAAUGCUUUACUUUGAUUAAGUAACAGAUAAUCAAAUACAUUUAGAAGCUUAGAAUCCAAUGUCAGUCUAAAAUAUUUAAAGUAGGUAUCCAUUUAACAUAAUCUCUGUCUUUCUAUUGGCAACAAUAUAUACCAUUGAGUGUUGUCGUAGACUUUCAUAUCAUGUGAAAACACGUUACUAAUUAAAGGCAUGUGCCACCAUCAAUAUUAUUGAUUAUCUUUCAUUAUCCUUUUUUUUUAUUUAUGUUUUAUUAGUUCAUAUAAUAUUUACUGUAAAUAGUAUCCACAUCAUUUGGACUCGGGUGGAUAGUUGUUUCACUGGCAAUCAUACCCCAUCACCUUUUGUUUAUAACAAUUAGCCAAUUUUGUAACUUUUAAGAGAUAAGACAGCAGGUGACAUAUCACAUUUUCUAUGAACCCUCGAAAGCCUGGACUUGCUUCUUGCUUCAAGAUGUACUAAAUUUUUUUUAUGUUUUUUAAAGAAGAAGCUCUUCUAGGCUUCGUGACGUCUUGAUAAGCUGUUUAUGACGUUUUAAUGUCAUAGAAAGGCUUCACAGCAAAUAACCAAAAUAGCCUUUCAAGACGUCAUUAUUAUUUGGACUAGGCUUCAUGCAAAAUGUGCUAUGUCACUAGCAUUCAUAUUAUUUAAAACUUUUGCAUCCAAUUUAUAUUGCAUUAAAUCAAGGCAAACCGAUAUAGUGUGAAGGGAAUUAAAUGGCUGAAAACUUAGUUCAUAAUACCAUGAAGCACAUGUUCUUCUUUGAUGCCACAGUAGUGAUGUCAGAGGAAAGGUAAAUGAUUUUAAAAUUCAAUAUUCUUCUUAUGGCAUUUGGGCGUUUUUAUUGCUUUUAAAAUUCUUCAAUAGAUAAUUUUCAAAGUUGUUUAUUUGAUUGCUGUAUUAAAUUUUAUUCUUGAAAAACUAAAAUUUGUAUACUUGUUAGUUGUAUGUUAUGGAUUAUUUGAAAUUUGAAAUUUCAAAUAAAAAAUGAUUAUAACUUCACAUCAAUAUCUUAAACAUUUAUUAUUGCGAUUGUUGAAUAUUAAUGUACAAAUAUAUUUCGGACAUUUAUAUGAGAAUAGAAAAUACUGAUAGUAUUAAGACAUGGUUGUGUGAUUAAUUUUCCCGAUUUUUGUGAAGUCAAAGGGUAAAAAUAAUGUUUUCAAUUAUUUUGAUGUUGAAUGUACUGAAUAUUUUUGUAAUUUUCAAUGUUAAUUGUAUUUUUAACAAUGCUGCAAAUAGAAAUGGACCUGACUGUGGGAGUUGCUUGCUAUGAAAUUCAAUAUCUUUAAAAAAGAAAGUCUAAAUGUAUCUGUUGAAACACUUGUUUUCUUAAUUGUUUUUGCUGCAUCAAUUAAAAAUAUCAGAACAUGUAAAGGGGAUGUUUUGUAUGAAAAAAUUUCAGAAUUUUCCUGAUAAAAUUGAAAAAAUUCUUUCAUUACAUGCAUGUAUGAUCAUUUUGAUAUGAUUUGGCAUGAUUUGCUACAGCUUGGAAUAAAAGAUAUUGACAAAAAUAAUGACUACCAAUUUUAAAUGAGCAUAGAGCAUGUCCUGAAAGAGUUUUUUUUUUUUAUUGGUAAAUGUGUGUCCAUUGCAUUCCUUAGAAAAAUGAAUGACAAGAUUCUGUCAACAGAUAUGGCUCCUACUAACUAAAACCCAAAUUAAAGUUUUUUAUUACAAAUCCAAUUUUUAUUUUUCAUUCCUUAAAAAUUUCUUAUGGAAUGCCCUUAUUCACUUUCAAAUUCUUUUAUGAUGAAGAUUAAUCAUUUUCAUGCAAACUGCUUCUUGAGUAAACCCUUAACAUCUUUCUACGGUUGUUAUAAACUGAUCCUGCAUAGGCAUUAAUUUAUUUUUAUAUGAACAGUUAACAAUGCUAAAGUAUGUAAUUUGAGUAUAACAUACCUUUCAUGUAAGGCAACCAUAUAAUACAGUAAAUUUUGAAAUUUUCGCAAUGUUUUUAUUAUUGCAAAAAUUGCAACCAGAAAGUUUUCUCAAAAAUACAAAAUUUCAUUUUAUAUUUUGAUAGCUUUGUUUGUUUGCCUAAUUUCCAGAAAUAGCAAUGAUUUAUCUUGCAUCCUUGUUUAUUUCUAUUAAGAAAUAAUCGUAAUAGUAGGUGCAUCAUGCAUGCAAAAUUUCUGAAUUAACAGUAUUCUGUUUGUCAUUUUUCAUUUAUAUUUAACCAGAUAUUAUAUGUUAAUAUUAUUUGUUAAAUUAUGAAAUUUGAAGUUUAAAUGAAUUGAAAUUAACUGGGCAAUUAUAUAACCAGAAGUUCUUUAGCAAGAGUGUACCAUAUUACUUUAUGUGUAAUACAUAUGUGUAAUACAUAUGUCUUUUAUAUACGGCUAUGACAUUUGUGGUUCUGUUAUGGCAUGUACGGUAUGUAAGAAACUUUCCUCUUCAGUUCCUAGAUUGACCUGAUAUUAAUCUAAAUAAUAAGUAAAAAACCACUGACUAUGGUAAUAUAAGGCUGCAAUUAAGCAGGGAUUGAUUAUCUUUUUAACUGAAAAUGAAAUGUUUUACAUAAGUACUAUAUGAACCCAUAAUUAACAUUUAAAUCUUUAUGGGAGAUAUCCACAUCAGCCAUUUAAGAGGAUUCUAAGGGAGCAAGUGUAAGGUAGAAUGUGAAAUAAAAAGGGGAUUUCACAAUCAAAAUAAUUUUCAGGCUUUAGUUGUAAAUAUAUGAAAAACUUUGAAUUGUAGCCUAUAAGCAAGAAUACUUGAAAAAAAAAACUGGCAAACAUGUUAAAUGAAAUUAACCCUUUACUACUGUCAUGUAAGUCUGUGAUAGUUGUAUGGUGCAGCUUUACAUGUAAAUACAUUAACCAUAUCAAAAUUUUUGUUUUUGUUUGUAAAAAUGUAUAAAUAGGUGAAAUGUUUAGAAUAUUUCUUCAAAUUUAGAUCAACUAAAUGAAAAAUGUGUCACCAUCUUUUUAUUGGAUGGCAUUUACAGUUAUUAGUGCUUGUUGUUUAUAUUUUUUGUUUAUUUCUAUUUUGUUGUUAAUAUAUAAAUAUGAAAAAUUAAUAUGUAAACCAUCAAGUCUUUAGAUGUUUAUAUGUAUUGACUUGAUGCAGCUUCUAAUAUUGAAAUAAAUAAGUUCAUCAUGGAA